CAAGAGGCACAUUUCCUCUCUGGUCUCAGAAGUAGGAACUUGGGUUCGCUACACUGCCAGCAUGAAGAUUUUGCUAAUCCUGGGGCUUGUCCUCCUGCCUCUGGCUGCUCCUGGGAAGAUCUAUGAACAGUGUGAACUGGCAAGAGAAUUCAAAAGGCAUGGAAUGGAUGGAUACCAUGGCUACAGCCUGGGAGACUGGGUGUGCACUGCAAAACACGAGAGCAACUUUAACACAGCGGCCACAAACUAUAACCGAGGUGACCAAAGUACCGACUAUGGGAUUUUACAAAUCAACAGCCGCUGGUGGUGCAAUGAUGGCAAGACCCCAAAAGCCAAGAACGCAUGUGGCAUCGAGUGUAGCGAAUUACUGAAAGCAGACAUUACAGCAGCUGUCAACUGUGCAAAGAGAAUAGUUCGUGAUCCCAAUGGCAUGGGUGCAUGGGUGGCUUGGACAAAGUACUGCAAAGGAAAAGAUGUCUCCCAGUGGAUCAAAGGCUGCAAGCUGUAAAGUGUUGGGGUUUAUUUCAGCCUUUUUCUCUUUUCUUUUUUUGCUAGAAAACAGCUUUUCACAGAGAGCAAAAUGUUCCCUCUUCUUGCUUACUUUUUACAAUUAUUCAAGUUCAAAAUAAAAUAAUGUCAGGAGAAAGAUUUACAGGUCAACUGACGUGAAAUGCAAAUAUUUUACUCCUUGCUGGUAAGAUGGUGGAUCUUUCCAUGUGACCAUCUGCAGUGACUUAUUUUUGUGUUCUACACAGUGUAAAAGAUCUAUUAUCUCUAUAUUACAAAUGCAUAUCAAAAUAUGCCAAAUCUGUUUUUCCUGUGAGAUCUUGCUACUACUAUGUUCUGCUAAUAUGUAGUAUUAUGUCGUCUUGCUUACGAGCUUACAUACAUUAUAAUCAAUAAAAUUGCUUACUUAGCACAUA